CCAGCUUGUUGCCUGACGUCUGGACGAGCAUUAUACAUGAGGAUCUCUGCAGAGGGAAGUCCAUCAUAGACAUGAAAAUAGAGGCCAGGCGUGUUUGAGGUUUUGGAAACAUGUCCAAGAAAAGGGGCAGGAAGCGCAGCAGCGGCGAGCUGAGCGACAGUCUCACCCCGGAUCCCAACAACCUGCUGGGCCGGCGGAUCCAACACAGCUGGAGGGAGAAGGGCGCGCUGACCAAGUGGAAGGGCACCGUGCUGGACCGUCUCAGCGUCAACUCCUCCCUGUUCAUGGUCAAGUACGACGGCUUCGAUUGCGUCUAUGGCAUCGAGCUCUUUAAGGACGAGAGGGUCUCCAACCUGCAAGUUCUCACUGAGAAAGUGGUGAACAACAAGAUCAAGGUUCCUCACGACGCAGAGGAGCUGGUGGGAAAAGCCGUGGAGCAUCUGUUUGAGAAGGAGGAUGGAGAGAAGAACGAGUGGAGGGGGAUGGUCCUGUCCCGAGCGCCCAUCAUGACCAACUGGUACUACAUCACAUACGAGAAGGACCCCGUGCUCUACAUGUACCAGCUCUGGGACGACUACAAAGACGGAGACCUCCGGAUUUUACCUGAAGCGGAGAAUAAACACCUGCUGCCGGCAGACAGGAAGCCCGGUGAGGAAACAGAGAGCCUUGUGGGUAAGCAGGUGGAGUAUGUGACGGAUAAAGGGGUGAAGAGAACGGGCCUCGUCAUCUACCAAGUUCCCGCCAAGCCGUCCGUCUACUACAUCAAAUACGACGACGAUUUCCACAUCCACGUGUACGACCUGGUCAAGACCACCUAAAAAAAAAAAAAAACACAGACAAAACAAAGAAACCUGAAACUGCUUCACCUCUUCAUAGCUUAAGUAUCAUCGCCUCUCAUUGUACAGUCUGAAGGGCUGGUCGCGGAGGUGCUGUAUGAAGCGUCCGUGUACAGGGUUUGUUAUUUUGUGUUGAUGUCAGAGCUUAGGGAGACGAUUUUUACAAUUGUCAUAUCAAAACAGUGUAUUUAUAUGUGUGUGUCGGGCAUCGUUUGGUAUGUUUAUAAUCCCAUGGAAUAGCUUCCAUUCACCUGUAAACCCCGGAAAAGGUUGCAUUUUCGUACGUGCGAAUGGUCAAAGAGUUUCUUGGUUUUGAAUUGUAAAUAGUUCUGACCGCAGGUCAAAAAAAAGUCACGUCAGAGAGACAUUUGAUUACAAAUCAAACAGUGAGACUCUCUAACUGACCUAUUUAUUGAAAUAUUAUACUUCGUAACCCAGAAAUGCUGUCGAAACUUUGAGUUGGUUUUAUGCAUCGCAUAUUUAGUCUUUUAGUUGCGUUUUCCCCCAAAGCAGAUCACGUCUGCCACCUUCAAAAGGUGGGUUUUGAUUUUAAAGUAAAGUAAAGACACCAUGCUAGGUCAUUAAGGAGGGUUGCCCGUUUUGUCCUGUAAUCUUUCGUGCUUUAUUAUUUUGUUGUUGAGUAGCAGAAGAGCACUUGUUUCUGAACACCAAACCAAACUACAGCUUUGAUUUUGAAUGUCAAGCAUAGCAAAAAUGAAAAGUCUCCUCUUGAUUGUAGUAAACAUGACCAAUGCCAUUUUAAUAGAUCAACAGUAUCACUUAGUGGAAAAAUAGAAGUUUAUGUAGCCCAGCUGAUGUGAAGUUUAGCACACCUCGGUUUAGAAAAACACAAAUCCAAUCCAGCAGGCUGGAUAGACCUGUUAGACCUCAACAAACAUCAUAACGUCUUCUAUGUUGCCUUACUGUGAAUUAAAUUGGUCUUAAAUGCUUUUUUGGAUCAAAUUCACUCUGUCCCAGCUGAUCUGAGCAGAAACGAGGAGCGAUUUUUGUUGACUUCAUAUGAGUUUCUCCUUGUGCAUAUGUGUCAGAUUGACUUUGCGUGAGCUUUAUUAUCACAGCCAUUUACAGUGAUAAAACAGCAGAACUUCAGAUGUGUUUUCUAACUUUCUCUUUACUAUUCUUGCUUUUUGCAUCACUUCACGUUGUGUUGUAAAUAAUGCACUUGAGCGUGAUAAUUUUCCACCUUCAUGCUUUUUUUUUUUUUGCUUGUAGCAUUUGCACUUUAUUCUUAUGCUGUCAUGUGUAGCUCCGAAGUGUCUCACAGAAAGUCAGAAAUUAAAAAAAAAAAAGUCUGGAAUUAUUUUAAUUAAUUUCAGCAAAAAAAAAGUAUCUUACACAAUUGGCAUUACUAAAAUGAAAUGUACAGGAAGGCAUAUAAACAAUUUAAAUAUAUAUAUAUAUACAUAUAAACCCAAUUCCAUAGUUCUUUUCUUUUCUUUUUUUUUUCAAAUUAAUUUGA